UUUUCUGAAGCGUUAAAUGAUGAACAAAACAGUGACCUAUUGACGAAUGAUGGGAAUGGCUUCCCCGUAGCUUCUGAGUUUAGAUGCUCCGUAUAAGAUGGGCAUAGACGGAUUUACCUGUUGAAGAAAGCUAUGUGAGGUGACUAGACUCGCUGAAGAAACCGAGGGUAUCAAAAUGGAAAAGAAAUCAGUUAUGUUUGCAGUAAUUCUAAUAGCAAUAUUCACACUGAUGUUCUAUUCAUCGUCUUCGCAUCUUGUUAUUCAGAAAGGUCACAGAUAUUCGCGAACCUCCCACGAGUUUAUGAGUUUGUCAAUGCCAUUACCAACAGUAAAACCUAUUGCGAAUACGACAAACGAACACAAGGAACGAACGAGUCCAACACUUGCGCUAACGUCCAUACCAACAACGCAAGAAACAACUAUGAAAUACUCGGUGGUUGACGAGCAAAAAACGAGACAAGAAACACUUCAACGAUCCUGUUCCAAGUUGCAUCUAACUAGAAGUAUUCCACAAAAUGACGAAGAAUUUUUAGAAUUCAUAAACAGAACGAAGUUAUUCUUCUCUGACAAAUACAAGCUGAUUGCAUGCCAGAUACCCAAAGUCGGUUGCACUAAUUUCAAGAAAGUACUAUUAGUAGCUGAAGGUUUAGUCAACAUUACAAAUCCGAAGGAGUUAUCUGGGCACGUCACGCAUGAUAUUGCAAACCGUGUCCUGCAGCUGAAGAAUCUUGGUGACGUCACAGAAAUCAAACGUCGAUUAAAUAAUUAUUAUAAAGUCGUGAUGGUUCGGGAUCCAUUGCAUCGAGUGCUUUCAGCAUAUAGAAACAAGUUUGAAGCUCCGGACAAUAAAUAUUACUCUAAAAUUGCAAGAGAAAUACAUUUAUUUUUAUCCAAAUCUAACUAUUUGAAAGAAAAAUCUUCUUAUAAAUUAAGUUUCUUGGAAUUUGUGAAAUAUUUAAAUUCGGGCGAUGAUACUUAUAUUGAUGACCCGCACUGGGAUCAUUAUUAUAAACUUUGUUCACCUUGUGCCAUCAAAUACAAUUUUAUUGCCAAGUUAGAGACCGUUGAUGAUGACAUGAAUUACGUCAUGCAAACAGUCGGAAUACAAAAUAUUACAUACCCGCAAAAUUAUCCGGUGUCACAGAGGACUACAGAUGAAAAAGUGUCAAAAUAUUUGAAGGGAUUAUCAAAUAUAACUAAAAAUUUGAUCACAAGAUAUAAAAAUGAUUAUGAGUUAUUUGGAUAUUCACUAAAUAACGGAAAAUCCUAAAUUUAUAACCGUUAAAAUUUUAAAUAUACUAAAUUGUUCAAAGAGCUUUUUGAUAGCACGUUCCUCUAUUGCUACGAAAAAUAACUGGUAUCAAAAAUAAAACCGAAUAAAACAAAAAUCAAUGAUAUAUUUAAUGAAAUGUCAUUUUUUAAUUGUCAAAUACAACUUAUUUUCUUACACAAAAGUGGGUACUCCCGUAGUGUGUGUACCAGGUUAGGGUUUCGCCAAAAUGUUAUUUCGAUGUUUCUUAUUUUAGUUCUACAACGGGUUCGGAGACUGAGUGUGUUAACCAAGUUAAUAUACAGCCCAUAUGUUUCAGUCCCGUUACACGACCUGAUGUAAAAUAGGCAAACAAAAGUUACCUCCAUAUUGGUACACACACUUCUGGAGCGCCCAAAAGUGAAAUAUUUAAGUGCUUCUGUGAAGUGCCAGUACAGUUGAUGUUUUUUGUCGAUCUGUCGCUGAUGUAUUUAUGUUGCUAUGAAAUCAUACUUAUAUAUUGUUUUAUUUGGGGAAAAUACUAUUUACCCGCCCUAUUUACCUAUUUAUGCCGUUAAAAUAUCUUGAUGGUAGAUGUAUGACUGUAUUAUUAUAUUGCUUGACUAUUUUCUCGUUUUUUUAUUAUAUAAAAAAAACUUCAAAUUACGAAAAUACAAAUAUAAGUUAAUUUUUACAAAAUCGACAUAAAAAUCUCAUUUGUUAUUUUCGACCAAAAUAAUGUAAUUCGGAAAAAAAAAUUGAUUAAGG